CUGCAAACUGCAGCCACGUCACCGAGCCUGAGCUGAAGUGCCGCCUGGAAAGUUGGUGCUGACUUGGGCAGUUUGCAAAGUUGGGAAUCGGCGAAAGAUGAAUGUGUUCAGACUGUCCGGGGAUCUGUCCCACUUACUGGCCAUUCUCAUCCUUCUGGCGAAAAUGUGGAAAUCUAAAUCCUGCGCUGGUAUUUCUGGGAAGAGUCAGCUUCUCUUUGCUCUCGUGUUUACGACACGUUACCUGGAUUUAUUCACCACGUUUAUCUCAGUCUACAACACCACCAUGAAGAUCAUAUUUCUGCUCUGUAUCUAUGUGACCGUUUACCUGAUCUACAUCAAAUACAGCUCCACCUUUGAUCGGGAGAAUGACACAUUCCGUGUGGAGUUUAUCUUGGUCCCUGUCGCUGGUCUCUCCUUCCUUGUCAACCAUGACUACGCUCCAUUAGAGAUUCUUUGGACCUUCUCUAUUUAUCUGGAAUCCGUUGCGAUUUUGCCCCAGCUCUUUAUGAUCACUAAAACCGGGGAAGCUGAGACAAUCACCACUCAUUAUCUCUUCUUCCUGGGGCUUUACCGGGCGCUGUACCUGGCCAAUUGGAUUUGGCGGUACCACACGGAAGGCUUCUUUGAUCAGAUUGCUGUUGUGGCUGGUGUUGUGCAGACCAUCUUUUAUUGUGACUUCUUCUACCUCUACGUCACGAAAGUCUUGAAAGGAAAGAACCUGAGCCUCCCGUUACCUGUCUGAGACAGUACAACGCCUCGCAACCCACCGUAUUCCACAAGUACGCAGUGUACGACUCAAAGAUGAACAACAAGCUUUUACUGGAACUAAAUUUGAAUAUCACAAGAACUAUUGACAUAAUAGAGGUGUUCGUACUGACCCCAACUCUGCAUCCUCCCCCUCCCAAUCCCUCCUUCACAUCUGCCCUCUACAUCACCCUCCCCUCUCCUCCUCAUUAGCCUCACCCUUUCAACUCUAACCCCUUCUUUCCUCCCCACUUUGCUCCAAGGCCAUUUUCUUCCCUUGGUCAUUAAAUUCCAGUUUAUUGGUUAAA